GGAGUUGAAUGAUUGAACUUUCCAGCGGAGUUGCGGCCGCCGCGAGGUUCCCGGCAGUGCGGCCCCGGCGCGGAGCUGGGAGCCUCGGCCAGCGCCCGGCGCCCGCGCUCCACCCCCCCGCCCCCGACCCGCAGCCAUGGAGCCCGGGGCGCCCGGCGCGGCCCUGACCCUCUGCCUCUGGCUGCUGGCCUGCGGGGGCUGCCUGGCCGGCGGCCCCGGCGCCGCGGCGGCUCGGCGGCUGGACGAGUCCCUGUCGGCCGUGAGCGUCCAGCGCGCGCGCUGCUCGUCCAGGUGCCUCAGCCUGCAGAUCACGCGCAUCUCCGCCUUCUUCCAGCACUUCCAGAACAAUGGUUCCCUGGUUUGGUGCCGGAAUCACAAGCAAUGUUCUAAGUGCCUGGAGCCGUGCAGGGAGUCGUGGGACCCGCGGAAGCAGCAGUGCCAGAGCUUCUGUGAGCCUCUGUUCCCCAAGAAGAACUACGAAUGCUUGACGAGCUGUGAGUUCCUCAAGUACGUCCUGUCGGUGAAGCAGGGGGACUGCCCGGCCCCUGAGAAGGCCAGCGGGUUCGCCGCCGCCUGCGUGGAGAGCUGCGAAGCCGACAGGGAGUGCUCCGGGGUGAAGAAAUGUUGUUCGAACGGGUGUGGACACACCUGCCAGGUGCCCAAGACCCUGUACAAAGGGGUCCCCCUGAAGCCCAGAAAAGAGUUGCGAUUUACAGAACUACAGUCUGGACAGCUGGAGGUUAAGUGGUCCUCGAAAUUCAACAUUUCCAUCGAGCCCGUGAUCUACGUAGUGCAAAGGAGGUGGAAUUAUGGAAUCCAUCCCAGCGAAGACGACGCCACGCAGUGGGAGACGGUGGCCCAGACCACCGACGAGCGGGUCCAGCUGACUGACAUACGACCCGGACGGUGGUACCAGUUCCGAGUGGCAGCUGUCAACGUGCACGGGACCCGGGGCUUCACGGCCCCCAGCAAACACUUCCGCUCCUCCAAAGACCCGUCUGCACCCCCCGCCCCGGCCAACCUCCGGCUUGCGAAUUCCACCAUAAACGGUGACAACACCGUGACCGUGGCCGUGGUUUGGGAUCUCCCCGAGGAACCAGACAUCCCCGUGCACCACUACAAGGUGUUUUGGAGCUGGACAGUCAGCAGCAAAUCCCUUGUCCCCACGAAAAAGAAGCGGAGGAAGACCACAGAGGGGUCCCGGAAUUCCGUGCUCCUGGACCGACUGCAGCCGGACUGCGGCUACACCGUGGAGCUUCAGGCCAUCGCGUACUGGGGGCAGACGCGCCUGAAGGGGGCCAAGGCCUCCCUGCACUUCACGCCCGCCCGCGCCGCCGGCCACAAAGAGCAACUUGGGAAAACGGGAAAGAGCGUGACACACGUGCAGCCGCCUUUCCAACGACGACGGCCCGCGCGGCUCCUGGAAAUCGGAGCCCCCUUCUAUCAAGACAACCAACUUCAGGUGAAGGUCUACUGGAAAAAGACUGAAGAUCCCGGCGUCAGUCGCUACCAUGUGCAGUGGCUCCCAGAGGCCUGUGCCCAGAACCGGAGCAGCGCGGCCGAGGCCUCCUCCGGCAUCACCCAGGACAAUUACAUCAUUCUUCAAGAUCUGUCGUUCUCCUGCAAAUACAAGGUGACUGUGCAGCCCACGCGACCCACCGGCCGCCUGAAGGCAGAGACGGUGUUCUUUACAACGCCGCCCUGCUCCGCCCUGAAGGGGAAGAGCCACAAGCCCAUUAGCUGCCCCGGAGAGCCAGGUCACGUGAUGGCCACAGUGCUCGCCAAGCCCGAAAACCUCUCUGCCUCGUUUGUGGUUCAGGACGCCAACAUCACGGCCCACUUCUCCUGGAAGAUGGCCAAGGCCAACCUCUACCAGCCCAUGACCGGCUUCCAAGUGACCUGGGCCGAGGUCACGACCGAGAGCAGACAGAACAGCUUACCCAACAGCAUCAUCUCCCGCUCGCAGAUCCUGCCUUCGGACCAUUACGUCCUCGCGGUGCCCAACCUGAGACCGUCCACGCUGUACCGACUGGAAGUGCAGGUGCUGACCGCGGGAGGCGAAGGCCCGGCCACCAUCAAAACCUUCUGGACGCCCGACCUCACGCCGCCCUCCGCGCACAGACCCCAUCUGAGAGCUCGGCAUCCCCACCACCACCCGCCUUCUCCAGAAAGACACUAAACGGUUCCAACAGCGUCUGAGAAUCACGGAACGAGCCGGCGGGUGGAGCUGCGCGGCGUCGACACACGGCUACAAGGGCGGCGGGCGCCCCGCAUGACCUCCCUCUCCCGUGUGACCUUGUGCCCUGGGUCCCUCUGCCCAUCUCAACACAGGUGGAAAGGAGUGACGCACGGCCACUGGUGGGGGUGGACACCACUUCCCAGCAUGGAGGAAAUGACGAAGCCCCCGCGCAGGACAUCCCCGUACCCCCAUCGGCGCGCACACGCACGGAUCUCCACAGGACGGCCGCACAGCCAGAGCUCCCGGACCCGGAGCCGCGCGUGCCCGGAAUACAUCCGUGUAACACACACGCAGGGCACACUCGUACCGAGCAUGACGUCCAUCAAUAAAACGUUUUUAAAAGUUCAAUGAUUGCUUUGAUUUGCAAAAUCACGUAAGGGGACGCCGUCUGCAAGCCCGACGUAGUCACAGCGCUUAUCCGACGAUUCGAACCGCGGGACUUCCUCCCAACCUCCCGUACAGAGCGGUCAAUUCCGGCCACCACCGUCCACACCCGCAGCCCAGGCCCCGUUCACACCGGGCCAAACGAGCGGUGCGUGUGCGACCCGUGUCUCACGAGGGGCUCCCGGAGCAGGCCACGUCCAGCGAGUUCGCCGCUGUCCGUCGGCCGUGGAGAAAUCAGAAUCCUUUCCUGGGGAUGCGUUUUCCUGCUUCCUCCUAGAACAGGACAGGCCUCCCUGAUACAUUUUCUUAGUUCUAAUUUCCUUUCCCUCCGCGCAGAAAGGAGCUGCCGCGCUCCUUUGUUUCACCGCGUCGUGCAUCUCAAGAUGUACAAAAGCUCCUGCGUCAAGAGCGAAUCCCAGCUGUGGAGUGUCGCGCACUCUUUCCCCAGAUUCGCCUUUCCUUCCUCCCAGGAAGCGAAGCGAACGCUAGAACAUUCUCGGUAACGUGGGACAGGGCCGGUCGGGGAGAGGACAGCGCUUCACCUGCCUUUAUUCCUCCGAAUCCGUCCCGUGGCACCACCUGGCUCCAAACCAGCCUUCCCAGCGCGGAUCACCGAGCACGGGCGCAGCCUUAAACCCCGAAAUGCUGAGUCUCAUCCAGGCUUUCCUUGAGGGAACGUCCGCAGAUGCCACGUGGAAUUCGCAACCAUCUGUGUGUGUGUGUGUGUGUGUGUGUGUGUGUGUGCGCGCGCGCGUGCAAGCGUGCACAGACACACACACACACACCUUCACUGUGACUCACUGCGGGAAUCUCUUGACAGCUCCCUGUGGUGCAGACAGACCCGGUUCUUGUAACCAGGAGGGUCCCGUGUCUGCCACCGGUGCUCACUCCAGGAGGAAAGUGCAGCGUAGCCACCUCCCGGCGUCUUGCAGGAAGGGCUUCCUCCUCCCUCUGCGCAGCCCCGGCGGCCUGGGAGAGUUCUGGGGCCGCGCUCCUGGGCUGUGCGCCUGGCACCGGGUACUUGUGGGCUUCUGGAAGCGCGCGGAUGCAGGGACGGCUCGGAACUCCUCCACCCGUGAGUUCUGAAGGCAAACGUGCUAGAAAACCGAGACAGAGUAUUUUUAUGAUCAGACGGAUGCGAAUGUUUGGGAAACGCGGUCUGUCCGCAUGGACAUGUGGGAACAGAGUAGAAACGGUCUGCUGUGCAGCCAAGACUUCCGGCAAGGACGCACGCGGUGUUCUGCAGCUCCGCACCAGGGACACCCGUGGGAAAGGCCCGCCCGAAGGUGCCCGGGCUUCCCGGUGCUCCAGCACGGCUCCUGACACAGUCGGGACGGGCCGCACGAUGUGCCACGAAGUCGCCUACUUCCCCACGGAACGAACAGGAGCACCCCUUGUUUCCAACCGCCCGAGUGGGAACCAGGAGUACAGGGACCUUCGUGGAAGCCAGGACUCAGUGCCAGGAGCUGCAUCUGAAUGUCCAGUUCUCAAAUUUUCACCAACAAAGACAUCGAAUAUUGGCCACAAGGUUAUCUUUACCCUGAACUUGUCAUGAACAAAUCCAGUAUUUGUGUCCCCAAAUGUUUGUGCCAUUGUAUCGUUCAAAACGCAGGAGUGUACACAGAGAUAUGAAAUAUUAUUGUUCUGUAAGCUUGAUUUUAUAAAGUUUCGUUAUCUGUCUUUUGGGCAAUAGACAAUGAGAAAAUACAUUUUCAGUCUGGAAGGUUCUAAAGCUUGGAGCCUCCUUUAAACUUGAAAGCCUCUCCUGUGAGCAUUGGACUUUGCGAUAACAAAAUUUUAAUUUUUCACAUUAUUGGAAGAAAACUAUUAAUUAGAUGAUCAAGGACAGAGGAGUUUAUGAAUUCCAGUGACCUUCAAUAAUAUGCAAGUUGGCCAUGAUAUAAUUACAUUUUUUCUUUGAUUUUAAAAAUUUGAGCGCCCUAAUGAAAAGGAUACACACUAUGCGUUGUUUUCUCUAAACACUGUUCGUGGCUCGUCUCCAAUACAUCUUAUGAAAACAAAAUGCGUCUCUCUCAUAGGAGAAAAAAUACAUUCAGGGAGAAUACUUAGUCUUAACAGUUGAGCCCAUCGAGAAUGCCACGUGCUGAGAUCCCAGGGGUUAAGUCCGUACUCACCACAGUUCCUCCCCGUCUGCCUGCCGCCUGCGGUCUCUCUGGGGAAGGAACCCGCUCCCUGCCCUUCCAGCGGGGGCUCCGCACGUGCCUCUUACAGGAACGUGUGCCCUUUCGAGUCCUUCGUGGUGUCACUGGGUCAUAUUAGAGACGGUGAAAGAUGAUUAAGCAAAGUUCAAGUGUAAAGACGCGUCCAUAAUGCUGGGAACCUAGAUGAACCUGUAAGUGUGCAGAAAAGUCUGUGUCCAGGGCGCCGUGAGCACCGUAGAGCACCGAGUGGUGGCCCUGGACUCACCCACCGUGUGCCGGGAGCACCCUCCCGUGUUGCAACAUUCCACCAUUCACACGCUGCCCACGCGCCCCUGGGGGAUGAGGUUCCCCCGUCCCCGCUGAGAAUCCGUGCACCAGAGACGGGUGCAAUUUACUAAACUCGGGAGAACCUGCCUUGUCUGCAGGACCCAGGAGCCCAGGAGUCUGUCCCGGGAGCCAGGCUGGGAACUUGACUGCAAAGCCCUGAAUUAUGUCUCUGAACCACGUCCCUGAACAACCUGAUGGGUAGACCGAGUGCUCACGUGUCUGUCUGUCACCCGAGCACAGAUAUUUAAUCUUCCUAUUGGUCGGCUUCUCUAACGAUAAUGACUUAUUUAUUUAAUGCCUUUUCCUACGCCUUGGGCCACGGAUUGACUAACGACUCAUUCCCACGAUUGCAAAUAGUUCUGCCUCGUUACGCAAACCCUCGCGCUGUCGCCAGCACACAAAGCCUAAAUACGUAUUGCAUGUACUUACAGUUCACUUAAAGUAAUAGCUGCGUAACGACGCUGACGCUUACCUACGGUUGUGCAUGGCCGGACUCCGUGUCUCACCUCUCCUGAGUCUUGUAGCAAGUUACACCAUUUACAGAGUGAUUAACCGAGGUCUGUCUGUAACGGACCGCUAUUUCCUUCGUUAACGAUGCUGUCGCGUACGGAUGACGCAGCAGCUACCUUCUCAUCCCCAUGGCCUGGAGAGACCUCAUCUCUUCUAUUGGUCAUGUCAAGUCAAUAUUUAUUUAUCGAUGUAAUAAAAAAAAAGUACGAUUUUUGUGUGUGUCUGUCGUGCUAUUCAGAGAGAAGUAAUCUUGUAAAAAAUUCUGUAAAAACGGAAAAGUAUUGUACAUAGUCUGCUACCCUGUGACUCAUUGUUUUCACGUGAGGGUUUUCUGUACAUACUGAUUCAGUAAUAAAGGAUCCUUAAACCUGC